AUGGCAUCCUCUUCUUCCCAAAGUGCUCAAUCGGUUGUUUCUGAUGAACAUCAGAGGGAGGUGAAGAGGGUGAAAGAAGUACGAAAUCGUACUCAUGCAAGUCACACCAGUAUGGCAAGACGCCAAUGGACAAAAAUGGAAGACAUGAAACUCCUAAAGCAUGUGGUGGCUCAUGGGGGGACGAAGUGGAACAUAUUAUCCGAGCAACUCCAUGGGAGAUCUCCUGAUAGUUGCAAAGUUCGAUGGUUUAACAAAUGGAACCCAAUCUUACAAAAGAAAUACGGUGCGGAUGUAGAAGCAUGUGUAGUUAAGGAUGAUGAUCAUGCAAGGAAACACACAAAGGUGACCUCUUCUGCCAAGACUGCUGUUCGUCUCCCCAUCGAUGUCGAAUCUGGUAGCAGUACCUUCGUUCCUCUGGAAAGACCAUCCGAGCACGGGAUGACCGACAACAGUUUAGAGAUAACUCCCAUGAGGAUAUCCUUUUUCAAUGGGACUUCUGAUGUGGAGGAACAAGAGAUACUGGUGGGGAAUUGUCGUAAGUGCAAGAGGGCAAUGGGUGGUUUUCAGGCGAAUGGAGAAAUAUAUAUGGUGUCAAUGUAUGAUGCAGAUCCAAUGGCAGUUGUUUCUUCUUGCAUGAAUUUGCUGGACUCAAUCAAGUAUGAGAGCAACAAUAACCAGCAACCUGCAGUCGCCAACGUCUUCCUGCCGCAACCACCACCUCCGUCACCAUCAACCCCGAAAUUUAUUGAUUUUCUAGGAGUUGGGUCUGAGUGA